AUGACGCCGGAUGGAGAAAGAUCAUCGAGAUCUAAUAUGGAUCAGUCACUAAGUGAAGCAGAACCUUAUCCUGUAGAACACAAUACCACACUCCACUCCAUUCAUGAAAGAACGACCAUCAAUUCCGCCUUGCGAUCGAAUUACGCUACGAAAUGGGGACCUGUUGAAGCGUUCCGUGAACUCGUACAGAAUUGGCGGGAUGGAAUUAUUCAAUCAUUCAAGCUAUCUGAAGAAGACUUCAAGGUUAUCCUGAAGGAGAAUGAUGAUGAGAUUGUCUACACGGCUAUAGCACCAAGCACAUAUCGAUAUUUAACCCCAUUGCAUGAAUGCCUUGGAUACAUUCGAUGGACCCGGCAGCAAGGAGCGGGCACCGUAGACAUCACUAACAGACAAGCGACAAUCGAACCGUGGCAUCUAACCAUGGGAGGUACAACCAAGGUGGCCGACAAGAAUCAAGUCGGAAAGCACGGCGAAGGGCUGAAAAUUGCCCUUCUCGUGCUGAUGCGGGAGCCGCAGAAUCAUGAGGUCCGGUGCCAUUCUGGGGGGUUUGAGUGGACGUUCAAUUUUACCAGCCAGCGAAGACUCGUCGCAAAUCUCGUAAGAAUGACUCCAAGUACAGCUGGCAAAGCACAAGGUCAAGCGCCUGUUGAAGCUUCCCCCAACGAAGACGUCCAGUUUCUCAUCGGUACUAUCAGCAAAGGUCGCAAUGAGUAUGGUUACCCGACGGAGAGGACAGAAGUAACAAGAGACGAGUUCAAAAAAUGGACUAAAUGCGCUCUGUUCCUGCAAAAUAUACCCGAUGCGGAUAUUGUGAAAACAAGCAGAGGGGACAUACUUAUGGAUCCGAGAUUCAGCGGAAGUAUCUAUCUAAAGGGUUUUUUGUUGAAGGAAUCGACAAGAGGAGGAUCUGCUAGUGUAACCAGUAAAGCGUUGAAACACGGGUAUAAUUUUGCAACUGGGAUGACAGAUCGUGAGAGAGAGUUCAUGGCCAGCUCCGACGACGAAUCACGCGCAAUUAUGGCGAUAUGGGAAAGAGCACUAUCUGUUCGAGGCGAACUCGUCGGAGAGUUGCAUGGAUUGCUGAUUUCUGAGCAAGAGUACGCGGAUGUAUACCGAGCGGAGGAUUUCAUCCAUGAAAGUACCAAAGGUCGCAUCAAAUCGUAUAUUCGCGAAAAGUUCAGUACCAUAUGGUACUACACGGCCAAGGAACAAAGCUCGAAUCAUAUGUUUGACAAUAUUGUGGAAGCUUUCAGCCGCACACCUGAAGAGGUGAAUCAACGUUAUUGGGCUAUCCUCAAAGAUAGCGGGUUCCGAACGGCCGACGAAGAGGAGAUGAAGCGGUUCAACGAAGCGACAACUUUGCCAAAUACCGGGAAAUUUCAAAGCUCACUUCGUUGGCUCAUCCGGGGCGGCCUCGAGGGUUGCCAUAUAACGACUGGUACAGAUGUGAUGUUUGUUAAGGCUGAUCGGGUGAUACACGAGAAAUGGUCAAAAAUGCAAAGUGCCAUGAAGAUACUUGGCCAACACCAGCAGGCUAGCGUUCAAUCGGUUUUGCUGGGUGCCGCCCAAUGGCUCAUUCGCGAUGCGCUCUCACAGGUGCCAACGCACCUAUUCAACCCAUUCAAUACAAAUGCUCAAUCCAAUCCAUUCAGCCGGAAUGCUCAAUGGGAUCCAUUCACCCUGAAUGUUCAACGUAUUCUUUCCCAGCACCAGAAACAAGCUAUUGCUGAAAGCGGUCGGAGAAUCGACGAGGUUAUUCAAAUACUACGAGUAACACACUUCGAAGUGUAUGACUGCGGGACGUUCAACAAGUUGGCCGUGAAGUGGAAUAAAUGUGCUGCCUGGUCCACCACGAAGUGUCAGGUCACUAUUCAACUUCAUCGCAAGUCAACCUGUUGGCAUGUUCGGGAUAUCCUCAAUGGGAGCACGAUUGUUUCCUCAAACAUGACAUGUUGUACUCACAUCACCGAGGUAUCUCAUAAAACAUUUCCUGCCACCACUUGCUUUACAGCAACAAUUCCCUUUGAUAAGGAAUCAUUCGAAGUACAAGUCGAAAAGGGACAAGAUUAUUAUUAUUUGAUGUAUAACCCAGAAGACUUGAUGGCACUGGUGGCAUUCUGUCCGGACAGAAAAACCUUCAUAUUAAAAGCUGAUGGCAAUAACAAGGACGGUCAAGGUUCUGUCCGGGGAAUCGGAAAUCUGCCUCAAGCCGCCCCUCAAUCAAGACCAGUGGUUCAACUGCCGCCCCAGUCUGUGGUUCCAUCGAAGGUUCCAUCAAAGCGCCCUUGGGAGGAUAAUUGA